AUGAGUUCCAUAGAAGUGCCACGGAAUUUCCGUUUGCUGGAGGAGCUGGAGAUGGGCGAGAAGGGCUUUGGUGAUGGCACCGUGAGCUACGGGAUGGAGGAUCAGGAGGACAUGAUGAUGCGGCACUGGACGGGGACCAUAAUUGGGCCCACCAACACCGUCCACGAGGGGAGGAUUUACCAAUUGAAGAUAUACUGCGAUCAGAAUUACCCCGACAAGCCGCCGGAAGUACGGUUCCAGAGUCGCGUGCACAUGACGUCAGUCCUUCAAGACGGUCGGGUGAACCCAAACAGUUUUCACAUCUUGCGUGACUGGAAGAGAGAGUACACGAUGGAGAAGAUAUUGGUUGAGCUGAGGAAGGAUAUGGCUUCACCCCAAAACCGGAAACUUCCUCAGCCGCCAGAAGGGUCAUCGUUCUGA